AUGGAAGGCAAACCACGAGUUAAGGUGGUAUUGUUGGAUAUCGAGGGCACGGUGUGUCCGAUUUCUUUCGUCAAGGAUAUCUUGUUCCCAUACGCUCUCGCAGCUCUACCAGAAACACUCUCCACUCAAUGGGACUCUCCAUCCUUCCUCCCUUAUCGCUCUGCCUUCCCGCCUGAACACGCCUCGACCCCUGACGCACUCCUUUCUCAUGUCCGCGAUCUCAUGGCUCAGGAUCUUAAGAUCCCAUACCUUAAAUCUCUUCAAGGAUAUCUCUGGCUUCGUGGUUAUGAAUCGGGCGAAUUAAAGUGCCCACUUUUCCCAGAUGUAUACCCAACGAUGAAGAAGUGGAGAGAAAAUGGGGCGAAGAUUUGUAUUUAUAGUAGUGGGAGCGUGGCAGCGCAGAAGUUGUUGUGGAGAUACACGACUGAAGGGGACUUGAGGAGUUGCAUUUGGAAUGGGCUCGAAGGAGAUGAUGGGAGAGAGCUUGAAGGCGGAUAUUGGGAUACCGUUAAUGCGGGGCUGAAACAGGAUAUGGCGAGUUAUGAGAAUAUUGCCAAGGCAAACAAUGCGUUGGGUGCGGUGGGUGAGUGGUUGUUCUUGAGCGAUAACAUCAAGGAGGUGAGAGCCGCAAAGGAAGCUGGAAUGAAGAGUUUCGUGGUGAUUAGAGAGGGGAACGCGGAGGUUACUGCGGAAGGGAAGGAGGGUCAAGUUCUUGUGGACAGCUUUGCAGAGGUUGAGAAGUGGGUUGAAGUUACUGCUGAACAAGCAUGA